UCUAACGUGGUCUGUUGGUGUUGUCCCGUAGAGUGAACUCACAAAAACUGAGCAACAUAAAACAGAUGGGUUACCGUUAUUUCAGUUUGUUCCCUGGACGUGACAGGACUCAGACCUGACUCCCGCUGUUGCUUGAAAAGAAUCCGACAAUAUCUUGGGCAAACUAAAGUUGUGUGUCCACCCGUGGCUCAGACCAACUCUCUGCGCAACUUUGGACUGUGUCAGGAGAAACCAACUUUUCUAGGGAAAGAUGUCAGUGAGCAACCACGAGAACCGGAAGUCGAGAUCGAGUUCCGGGUCCAUGAACAUCCAGCUGUUCCACAAGGCAUCCCACGCAGACAGCCUGCUGACCCAGCUGAACCUGCUGCGCAAGCGGAGGGUCUUCACGGACGUGGUGCUGCGGGCGGGGAACCGGGCCUUCCCCUGCCACCGGGCCGUGCUGGCCUCCUGCAGCCGCUACUUUGAGGCCAUGUUCAGCGGUGGCCUGAAGGAGAGCCGGGACGCGGAGGUCAACUUCCACGACUCCCUGCACCCCGAGGUCCUGGAGCUGCUGCUGGACUACGCCUACUCCGCCCGGGUCAUCAUCAACGAAGAGAACGCAGAGUCCCUCCUUGAGGCCGGGGACAUGCUCCAGUUCCACGACAUCCGGGACGCGUCGGCCGAGUUCCUCGAGAAGAACCUGCACCCCUCCAACUGCCUGGGAAUGAUGCUGCUGUCGGAUGCCCACCAGUGCGAGCGGCUGUAUGAGCUCUCCUGGAGGAUGUGCCUGGCCAACUUCGCCUCCCUCUUCAAGACCGAAGACUUCCUCAGCCUGCCGAAAGACAAGGUCCAGGAGCUGAUCUUCAGCGAGGAGCUGGAGGUGGAGGACGAGAGCCUGGUGUACGAGGCCGUCAUCGACUGGGUUAAAGCUGACAUGGAGAGGAGGCACAGCGACCUGCCGGAGCUGCUGCGAUGCGUGCGCCUCGCCCUGCUCCCAGAGUCCUACCUGCUGAAGAACGUCGCCUCCGAGGAGCUGGUCAUGGGGCACAAGGUGGGCCGCGAGAUCGUGGAAGACGCGGUCCGCUGCAAGAUGAGGAUCCUGCAGAACGACGGCGUCGUCACCGGCUUUUGCGCUCGGCCCCGGAAGGUCAGCCAGGCCCUACUGCUGCUGGGCGGCCAGACUUUCAUGUGUGACAAGGUCUACAUGAUCGACCACAAGACCAAAGAGAUCACCCCCAAGACGGACAUCCCCAGCCCUCGGAAGGAGUGCAGCGCGUGUGCCAUCGGCUGCAAGGUGUACGUCACGGGGGGCAGGGGGUCUGAGAACGGGGCCUCCAAGGACGUGUGGGUGUACGACACCCUGCAUGACGAGUGGUCCAAAGCCGCGCCCAUGCUAGUUGCCAGGUUCGGUCACGGAUCAGCCGAGCUCGACCACAUCCUGUACGUGGUGGGCGGCCACACCUCUCUGGCUGGCUCCUUCCCGGCCUCCCCGUCGGUGUCCCUCAAACAAGUCGAACAGUACGACCCGCAGACAAACAAAUGGACCUUGGUGGCUCCCCUUCGGGAAGGAGUGAGCAAUGCUGCCGUCGUAGGGGCCAAGAACAAGCUCUUUGCCUUUGGCGGCACCAGUGUCAACCGGGACAAGUUACCAAAGGUCCAGUGUUUCGACCCUCUCCAGAAUCGAUGGACGGUGCCCGCUUCGUGCCCUCAGCUCUGGCGUUACACGGCAGCGGCCGUGGUGGGCAACCACGUCGUCGUGAUCGGUGGCGACACGGAGUUCUCCGCCAGCUCGGCGUACCGCUUCAACAGCGAGACCUACCAGUGGUCCAAAUUCGGGGACGUCACGGCCAAGAGGAUCAGCUGCCACGCGGUGGCAUCUGGCAACCGCCUGUACGUGGUGGGGGGCUACUUUGGCGCCCAACGGUGUAAAACCCUGGACUGUUAUGACCCCUCCACGGACACAUGGGACAGCGUCACCAGUGUGCCGUACUCUCUAAUUCCCACUGCAUUCGUCAGCACAUGGAAGUAUCUGUCUGCCUAGAACAGAGGACGCAGCAUUCAGUUGAUCUGCAGUGUUGUCUGGAAUGUGGGCGUGCAUCUCCCCUUGAUGGUACUGGAAUGCUGUGGAGGGGGGAGUGAGAGAAAGAUGAAAACCCCACAGCAGUCGGAAUCACGUGGACCUCGCACCAGACCGGCGUGGCAGAGAGGGACCUAAGGUCACGGAGUGGCCCGUGGAAACUGGAAUCCUGCCUCCUCCUGUCUGCUGCCCUGCACUUUGCCCUGCUCCUUCUCCUGAGUCUCCCUGCUGCUGCUACAAGCAGGAGCCGCGCCGGUGCAGCUCUGCGCUGCGGCAUUAGAACUGCGCAAGCGUCCGAGCGGGGACUGCAAUGCAGACGCAAUGCGGCAGAGCCUUGUGUGGCUGGGCUCUAACUGGGGCCUGUCAGAGUG